AUGGACGUUUUUAAUGGACUUCCAAAUGCUAUCAUUGUUGAUAUCUUGAACAAAUUCCCUCUCAAAGCGAUUCAACUCACUCGUCCUCAUCCUCCAACUCGAGCAUGUCAUCACCACCAAGUCACAACCUGGUUCUCCUGUCGGCAACAUAUUUUCAUAUCCUUAUUGGACUCAUCUCACGGUUAUCAAUCUCGAUUCUCUAGACCAAUCACAUUCAAGAAUCUUUCUCCGAGUAUCCUAUCCAAGACUUUAUCCCUGUUUGACCGGAUCAAGAAGCUUGAAGUCGUGCUUCCCGGCAACGACGCAAGCCUCGGCCUCGAGAAAGGUGCCGCCGUCAAGUGGAGAGCAGAGUGCGGUAAAACUCUCGAGACCGACGCCGAGUUGGAGACUGAGCUGAAAACGCGCAUGGAUUGGACGAUAAGCGCGUUGAUGGCUAUGUCGACACGUCAUUUCUUGAUGAGCGAGGUCUUGAAGGAGCAUGAAGAGAUGGAGAGUUUGGUGAUUCAUGACAAAGAAGGAGAAGGGACGGUGGUUAUGGGAUUAGAGGGGCUGAGAGAGUUUUGA